CAUGCAGCGCAGUGAUCAGUAGAAAGAGCCUAUGACUUGUGAUCAGCUGCGUCCAAUCACAGUUGAUCAGGGGACAUCAACACUGAUCAUCAGGACACUGAUGAUGAAGUGCCCUGAUGAUCAGUGUAGCCCCAUCAGUACCACCUGUCAGUGUCCAUCAAUGCCACCUGUCAUUGCCCAUCAAUGCCACCUGUCAGUGCCCAUCAGUGCACAUCAAUGCCACAUAUUAGUGCCUACCAGUGCACAUCAAUGCCACAUAGCAGUGCCCAUCGGAGCUGGCUUUCAGUGCCAACUAUCAGUGCCAGUCAGUUCCACCUAUCAGUGCCAGUCAGUGCCACCUAUGAGUGUUGCCAAUCAGUGC